CCGACGGGGAAUUGAACCCCGGUCUCCCGCGUGACAGGCGGGGAUACUGACCACUAUACUAUCGAGGAUUGUGUCAAGGGUAUUGAAAUUGUCUAAUGCAUUUUAUUGUCAUUCACCAUCAAACUCAAGAUAUUAUUUUAUAAAAACUCUUCGUUUAGUUAGUUCCAAUCUAAGGUCGGGACUAGUCAAGUGUAAUGUUACAUGUUCCUUCAUUAUAAUUAACUUAAUUUCUAUAAAAUUUUAAUAUUGUGCAAUCUGAGAUUGGAGUUUAUAAGACAUCUAGAAACAAUGAUAAAGGAUAUAGCAUCGCUUAUUAUCAAGCACACAGUCUCCAGUCGACACCACCUAACCCCAGAGAUUGUGCUGCGUCUGAUAACAUCGUCGUGCCCUCUCUGGACGGCUACUGAGGAUCAGGUGCCGUUCAAGGACCCGUUUUGGGCUUUCUAUUGGCCAGGGGGACAAGCUGCCGCCAGGUAUAUAUUAGAUAAUGGAAACAUAGUUGCCAACCGUCGAAUAUUGGACGUCGGAUGUGGUUGUGGCGCUGGGGCUAUAGCGGCGGCCAUGAUGAAAGCUGAACGUGUAACGGCUAAUGAUACGGACGCUUGUGCUGUUAUAGCUGCAAAAAUUAACGCAGAUUUAAACAAUGUGACCAUAGAGACGAGCAUAAACAACUUUAUUGGCGCGAAAUGCGAAAACUUCGACACCAUAUUGAUUGGUGAUAUGUUUUAUGAUGAAGAAUUUGCUAAUACUCUAUUUGAAUGGCUGAUAAGUUUAGCAGCGGAUGGUAAAACUAUAUUAAUAGGCGAUCCGGGCAGACACGGUCUAACAAAGAAAAGACGAGAAAAUAUAAGUCUGUUAGCAAAAUAUAAAUUACCCAAAGAAACGUGUAUAGAAAAUAGAGGUUUUACUGAAAGUACUUUAUGGAUAUUAAAUAAGUGGUAAAACAGA